AUGGUGAUGUGCAAACUGUUUGCCACCAUUGUGUUCCAACAAAAAGAUUACGAAAGUUUGAUGAUGAAGACUGAAAGGAACAAAGUGCAAGCAGUCAAACAGAUGAAAGAGUCAGCUAGAGUAAAGAGGAAUGCUGAAGAGCAACAAAUAGAAACCGAUGACUUUGUAGAAGAUUCAUAUGAUUAUGAUAAUCAUGCCGAUUACAUCUCAUCAGAGGAAAGUGACAGUGAUUGUAAAGGCACAGUAUAUCCAGAACGAGACACAGUGAACAUAUACGUUGAGGAAAGUUUAAAUGUCAUACAAGGAGAUGGAGACAAAGAACAGUUACUGUACACUACAGAGGAACACGGAACCAGCCUGGUGAACCUGUACCAGCGGGUGGAAAACCAUCAACCAACUGUCAUAGUCAUCAAAACUACCAUUGAUGAGAUAUUUGGUGCGUUCUGCUCGGCUGACUGGAGCGUUCGCAGGCAGAAGAGUUCGCUGCUGUCCUACUUCGGGACGGGCGAAACAUUCAUUUUCACACUGUACCCUAUCAAACAGAAGUACGAGUGGGUGGGGCUGAAGGACGAGAACAUACCAAACACCGCAAACAUGUUCCAGGCGGGAGACAACUCCAUCUUGACUAUUGGAGGAGGGCACGGGGAGGCCAUAUUCCUUGACGAGAACUUACUCCACUGUCGCAGUGAAAAGUGUGACACAUUUAACAAUGAGCCGCUAAGUCAAAGUGAGGACUUCAAGUGCAAGGUUGUCGAGGUGUACGGUCUCUCGUAG